GCGGCCGUCGCCAUCCAUCACGACCUUUCCACCCGGCGACCAAUGGCGGGCGCGGCGGUGACAGUGACACAAGUGUCGUGUUGCCGCCCAUAUAACCCACGCUACCCCGCCGGCUUCACUCACUCAGCCGCCCGUCUACAUGUCCAUGCCCACCGCGCUCGCGCCCGCGUCGUUGCAUUUGGCGGCAGCGAUGGCGGCGGGUCUCGAGCUGCAGCAGCCCCUGCCCUUGCUCCUCCGUCCGGUCCUCCUCCACGGCGCGGGCGCCGCGGCCCACCUCCUGCUCGCGCUCGCCGUCGCCGGCCGCCUCGUCUUCGCCGCCGGCAGACACCGCGGGAAGGAACCGGCCGCGGCGGCGGCGAGAGGCGCCGGGUUCCAGUGGCGCCGGCUCGCCGUGCGCACCACGUGGGCUCUGGCGGCGUCCGACGUCUUCCUCGCCGCGUACUCGCUGGUCUCGUGGUACCUGGACAACCCCGGAGGCGGUGGAUGGGGGGCGCCCGACGCGGUGGCGGGCCAGGCGGACGCCGUGUCCCGCGCGGCGGCGUGGCUGCUGCUCGCGGCGUACCUGCAGCUCGAGUACCGCAGCCGCGGCGAGGAGCGGUUCCCCGCGCCGCUCAGGCUCUGGUGGGCGCUCUUCCUGCUGCUCUCCGUGCUCGCCGUCGCCGUCCACGCCGCGGCGGGCAUCCAGUACAAAAUCCCCGUGCCCGCGCUAUCAUGGGCGCGCGACGCCGUCUCGGUCCUCGCGGGCGCUGUGCUGCUCGUCGCCGGCUUCUCGGCCGAGAAGGACGCGGUGGGCGGCUCUGCUUCCGAGGAGCCUCUACUCAAUGGCGCGAGCGAGACUGCCGCCGAGAACGACCGCGUCGAUUCUUCCAUGUUUACGAGCGCCGGCUUCCUCAGCCUCCUCACAUUUUCCUGGAUGUGGCCCCUGCUCGCCGUCGGCCACAGGAAGACGCUUGACCUCGACGACGUCCCGGACCUUGACCACGGCGACACCGUCGCCGGCCUGCUCCCGUCAUUCAAGGAUAACCUCGAGGCACUCACCAGCGAUGGCUCUGGUGGCCAGAAGGUCACGGCGUUUAAGCUCACUAGGGCCCUGGUGCGCACCGUGCGGUGGCACAUCGUGGUCACCGCGCUCUAUGCUCUGAUCUACAGCCUGGCCAUCUACGUUGGCCCAUACUUCAUCGACUCCCUGGUAAAGUACCUCAACGGCGACGAGAGGUACGCGGGCAAGGGGAAGCUCCUUGUUGUCACCUUCAUCGCUGCCAAGGUGUUCGAGUGCUUCUCACAAAGACACUGGUACUUCCGGAUACAGCAAGCCGGGAUACGGGCGCGGUCCGCGCUUGUCUCCGUCGUGUACCAGAAAGGGCUCUCCCUGUCCAGCAUCUCGAGACAGAGCUGCAGCAGCGGCGAGAUGAUCAACAUCAUCAACGUGGAUGCCGGCCGUGUGGACCUCUUCUCAUGGUACAUCCACGAUAUCUGGUUGAUGCCCCUCCAAAUAGCCAUGGCAUUGUUCAUCCUGUACUCCACCCUCGGGGUCGCCUCGGUGGCAGCGCUUGGUGCCACCGUUAUCGUCAUGCUUGCCAAUGUGCCUCCGAUGAAAAUGCAGGAGAAGUUCCAGCAGGAGCUGAUGGACUGCAAGGAUGUCAGGAUGAAGGCGACAUCUGAGAUCUUGCGCAACAUGAGAAUUCUUAAACUGCAGGGGUGGGAGAUUAAGUUCUUGUCCAAGAUCAUUGACCUGAGGAAGACAGAGGAAAGCUGGCUCAAGAAGUAUCUUUACACGUCCACUGUGGCAACCUUCGUGUUCUGGGGUGCCCCGACCUUCAUCGCGGUGAUAACCUUUGGAGCUUGCAUGCUUCUAGGGGUACCAUUGGACUCAGGGAAGGUUCUGUCUGCAUUGGCCACGUUCCGGGUGCUUCAAGAACCAAUAUACAACCUUCCUGACACAAUUUCGAUGAUAAUUCAGACUAAGGUGUCUCUUGAUAGGAUAGCAUCUUUCCUAUGUCUUGAGGAGUUACCGAUGGAUACUGUGCAGAGGUUGCCAAGUGGUAACUCAGAUGUCGCAAUUGAAGUCAGGAAUGGGUGCUUCUCCUGGGAUGCAUCGGCUGAAGUGCCAACUCUGAAGGACCUGAACUUUCAAACUCGCCAAGGCAUGCGUGUUGCAGUCUGCGGGACGGUCGGCUCUGGGAAAUCAAGCUUGCUCUCUUGCAUUCUUGGUGAGAUGCCAAAGCUAGCAGGAGAGGUCAAGACUUGCGGAACGAUCGCAUAUGUCAGCCAGUUGGCAUGGAUACAGAGCGGCAAAAUUCAGGACAACAUACUCUUUGGCAAGGAUAUGGACAGUGAGAAGUAUGACAGUGUCCUUGAGUCGUGUUCUCUGAAGAAAGACUUGGAGAUAUUACCAUUUGGCGACAAGACGGUUAUUGGCGAGCGAGGCAUAAAUCUUAGUGGCGGGCAAAAGCAAAGGAUUCAGAUAGCACGAGCUUUGUAUCAAGAUGCCGACAUCUAUUUAUUCGAUGAUCCAUUCAGUGCAGUCGAUGCGCAUACAGGAUCCCACCUCUUCAAGGAAUGCUUGCUUGGGGCUUUGGGUUCAAAAACAGUGGUUUAUGUUACUCACCAGAUUGAAUUCCUACCUGCAGCUGAUCUUAUUCUAGUAAUGAAAGGUGGGAGAAUAGCACAGGCAGGAAAAUAUGACGAAAUACUUUGCUCAGGGGAAGAGCUAAUGGAACUGGUUGGUGCUCACCAAGAUGCUCUCACAGCAUUGGACAUGAUUGAUGUUGCUAAUGGAGUCAGUGAUCCUUUCUCUUCCAGUGGCGCAGCAAGCCUUUCCAGGCCAUUGUCAUCAGCUGAGGAGAAAGAUAAACAAAAUGACAAAGAAGACGUUAGCAAGGUUCAAAGUGGGCAGCUGGUGCAGGAAGAGGAAAGGGUAAAGGGCACGGUUGGAUUCUGGGUCUACUGGAAGUACCUUACAUUGGCUUAUGGGGGAGCUCUUGUACCAUUUGUGUUAAUAGCUCAGAUACUAUUUCAAGUACUUCAGAUUGCUAGCAAUUACUGGAUGGCUUUGGCCUCUCCCGUCUCGAAACAUGUUGAGCCUCCAGUGAGCAUGUCAACACUGAUCUACGUCUUCGUCGCAUUGGCUGGUGCAAGCUCGCUGUGCAUCCUCGUAAGAGCACUGUUUCUCGUGACAGCUGCAUACAAGACAGCAACUCUGUUGUUCGAUAAGAUGCAUAUGUCAAUAUUCAGGGCUCCUAUGUCUUUCUUCGAUUCCACUCCGAGUGGGCGCAUCUUGAAUAGAGCCUCAUCUGAUCAAAGUGCAGUGGACACCAGCAUUGCUGAACAGAUGGGUUCUGUCGCAUUUUCCAUCAUACAACUAGUUGGAAUUAUUGCUGUGAUGUCUCAGGUUGCAUGGCAGGUGUUUGUUGUUUUUGUUCCUCUAACUGGGGCCUGCUUCUGGUAUCAGCGCUACUACAUUGAUACAUCCAGAGAGCUGCAAAGGCUGGUAGGGGUUUGCAAAGCUCCUAUAAUACAACAUUUUGCAGAAUCCAUUACUGGAUCAGCAACCAUCAGAAGUUUUGGCAAGGAGAAUCAGUUUGUAUCAACUAAUAGCCAUCUAAUCGAUGCCUUCUCUCGACCAAAAUUCUAUAACGCUGCAGCAAAGGAGUGGCUUUGCUUCCGCCUGUUUGCACUAUCGUGCCUUACAUUUGCGUUCUCUUUGAUAUUUCUGAUCAGUCUACCGGCUGGUCUCAUUGAUCCAGCUAUUGCCGGUCUCGCUGUCACAUAUGGGCUUAACUUGAACACACUACAAAGAUCUGUAGUCUGGUACAUGUGUAACUUGGAGAACAAGAUCAUAUCAGUAGAAAGAAUUCUGCAAUAUAUAAGCAUUCCCGAAGAGCCCUCUCUGUCAAUGUCAGGAGAUAAGUUGCCUUAUAAAUGGCCGUCAGAGGGAGAAAUUCAGCUCCAAAACCUGCAUGUGAGAUAUGCUCCACAACUACCAUUUGUUCUGAAGGGCCUUACAUUCACUUUUCCUGGAGCCAUGAAGACUGGUAUUGUUGGAAGAACAGGCAGUGGUAAAUCAACUCUUAUACAGGCCCUUUUCCGCAUCGUGGAUCCUACUGUCGGUCGGAUAAUAGUAGAUGAUGUUGAUGUUUGCACCAUUGGACUGCAUGAUCUGAGAUCUAGACUGAGCAUCAUUCCACAAGACCCAACGAUGUUCGAGGGAACUAUCCGGAGCAACCUUGACCCUCUUGGAGAGUACAAUGACAAUCAAAUUUGGGGGGCCUUGGAUAAUUGUCAGCUGGGAGAUGAGGUUAGGAAAAAGGAGCUGAAACUUGACUCGCCAGUGAUAGAGAAUGGAGAGAACUGGAGCGUGGGUCAGCGUCAGCUUGUCUGCCUGGGCAGAGUGAUUCUGAAAAGGACCAAGAUACUGGUUCUGGACGAAGCCACAGCUUCAGUGGAUACGGCCACAGACAACUUGAUCCAGAAAACGCUACGGGAGAAUUUUUCAGAGGCGACGGUCAUCACAAUUGCGCACCGAAUCACCUCGGUCCUUGACAGCGACAUGGUCUUGCUUCUCGACAACGGUGUGGCUGUGGAGCACGACACGCCGGCCAAGUUGCUGGAGGGCAAGUUGUCUCUGUUCUCAAAGCUUGUAGCAGAGUACACGAUGAGGGCGACUCACACUUAACACGAUGAGACCGUUGAGGCUUCUCUAGUGGGUCCGAUUUGUCAGUGAUGUCAAAAAAUUACCGGUAGAUGGUAAGUACUAGCAGAUCUGCCAUGGUGUUAGCGGCUAGUAAUGCUAACGGUAACUUUACAUGUUUUGAAGCAAAAGUCAAAAAUAUGAAGUCGGUUAAAGGUAGUAUUAAUGUCUGAAGAAAGUAGUUUGAUGGCC